AUGCAAGAAUCAAGAGAACCACAAAACAACUUUUCAGAUUGUCAAAGAAUAUCUUCAUCGUCAUCCACAUUCUUUGGAGGAGUCUCACCAGAGAAACCAAGGUGUGAAAGAUCCCUGGGAAAGGAAAAGGAUGAUUCCGCAUACAAUAGUGGAGAUCAUAGCUCGAGCAUAACCAAUGUUCAGGAUGAUGACUUUGUCCUUCCAGAGCUAUUGCCAUCAUUUGAAAUGUAUGAAAACUUGCUCAGCAAUAUACCUCAAUCUAGUUUCGAUACGUACUUUCCAGAAAAUCCACCUUAUUAUGAGGUUACUUCCAGAAGUCGGAGUAUUCCUUCGGAAGGUGAAUCUGGGCAUGACAUGCGGAUUCUUACCGAUGAUAUCGCUGGCCUAGAAAAUCAUGAAGUGACCGUUGAUAGCCGUCGGUUUACUUCCGGCUCUUCUAGUUCCCAGAUUCGUAAUUAUUAUGAUACUAAAGGUAUCCCGGUUGAGAAAAUAUACGCAUUGCCUAGAGUUAAAACCCCCAUAGCGAUUGAAUUAUACGUUACAAAGACAGCUCCAAAGUUUGGCCAGCUUCCGAAACACGAGAGCAUGCUAAAGGAAUACACAUCUGGUGAUAUAAUUCACGGAUAUUUUACUGUACAAAAUAAAUCAACUAAACCUAUAAAAUUCGAUAUGUUUUAUUUAACUUUGGAAGGUACGACAAGUUCAAAAAUAAAAUCACCUUUUGGAAUCCAAAAAACAACGAAAAGAAUUUUGAGAAUGGUAGAUAUGGCAGCGAGUUGGUCAUAUAAUCAUGAAGACGUGAACACCGGGGAAGAUCUUUGUGGAUUUUUUGACUCCAUUGAUAAAACAAGCUUCGGAUUACCUAAUAACAGGACACUAAAUCCGGGCGAUAAACGUAAGAAAUUUUUCACCUUUAAAAUUCCAAACCAGCUAUUAGACGUAACCUGUAAGCACGGGAACUUCUCUCAUUCUCUUUUACCCCCUACUUUAGGAUUUGAUAGACCACCGAGUUCUCAUCCAGACCUUUCAACUCUAAAAUUUUCAGAGAGUUUGGGUUAUGGUCGUUUGUCAGAAAGAGGUUCCUCGCUAUGGCUGAGUGACAAUUCUAAUGGCAGCCUAAUCAAUUAUUCAAUAAACGCUAUGAUAGUAGGAAAAGAUAUAGCUUCUGGGCGUGUUUGUUUGAUGAGUGAAAAAAAGUAUAGCAUUAGAAUAGUUCCAUUUGGCUUUCAAUGCAAUCCAAUUAGCAAAGAAACGUGCCUCAAAGAUUUAGAGGAUUUCGAUAUCGAAAUUGCAAACAGGCUUGGAAGGAUCGAGAAAAUCUUCUGUAAAACAAGGCGAGCGAUUCCCAUACGUAAGGAGGACAUACAGGAGAUGAGUCGCUCUGAUCAACUAGCACCCUCAAGGGGUAAGUAUGAAUGGAACGCAGCAGCUGGAAAUAUUGAAAACGGAACACCUAAAAAGAAACAUUAUUCUGAAGAAGAUAAAAUCCAAACUGAAAUUACUUACUCGAUAUCAUCUGUCUUCAGCACAGGUCUUAAAAAUGUACUUUUCAAAAAGGUGCGUAAUACGCAAUCGUCUCAACCAGAUAAUACUGCUUCAAGGAUUAACUCCGAGAAAAUUGGACUUAUAACAAUAAAAAUAAGGCCUCCCAGUAAUGCUUUGCCCUAUUGGUGUCCAAAUCUGAUUCAAAAACAAAAUGUAUUUUCAUUAAGAAACAGGCAGAAUCAACAGAACUGGAUUAAUCUGAGAGGUCUACUGUCGUUUGAAGAAAGAGAAAAACUUGAAAAUUUACGGGUGGAACUAGUAUGUAUGCAAGCUGCUAAUAGUAUACCGCAUGAUCCACCGGAGAUCAGUAGUUUGGAGACAGAACUGAUUUGCUUAACAACGAAUACAGAAGAUUGCAAACCAGUGAGGUUCCACACUGAUUUACUUUUAAAGGAGCAUAAAUACAAUAAGAUUAAGAAAAUAUUUCAGGAAAUGUUGGAAAACAUUGAAGCAUAUCGCGAUGAGUUCACUAAAAAUCAAACAAAAAUAAACUUACUUCUUACGGAAGACGCAAGAGUUAGCCUGCAUGAUAGACCGCUCGUUUUUUCUGAGUUAAUGCCUUUGAGUACAAUUAAGGACGUGCAGGUUUUAGCGCGUAUGGAUGCCAAUGUUGUUGUCAUGAAAAAUGCGUUGAAAACGAAACUAGUUGGGGAAAAAAGGGAGCAUGUUGGUUCUUCCCCCAUAUCCAGCAUGGUUCCUCGAGCUUCUCGGAAUAUAAAAAAAACCUCCCCAUCAAACUGUGGCCAUUCGAUACUUUCACAUUUGAAAUUAAAUGAAUGGAAUCAAGUCAAUCCAACAGAGUAUAAGAAAACAUUGUUACUGAACAUAAAAUUUAAUGAGGAUUUGAAAGCCACCAUAGUACCAAGUUUUGAAAGCUGUCUAUGCUCGAGAUCAUAUUUCUUCCGUGUAAAAUUUCAUUUCGAUAAAGGUGCUGGGUCUUGUGAAAUUGAUAUCCCAGUUCAAGUCAAAAACUCUUACAUUUGA